GAUAAGGAGAAGAAGAAGAAGGAGAGUAUUUUGGACCUCUCCAAAUACAUCGACAAAACAAUCCGAGUGAAAUUCCAGGGUGGGAGAGAAGCAAGUGGUGUCUUGAAAGGAUUUGACCCUCUUCUGAACCUUGUGCUUGAUGGUACCAUUGAAUAUAUGCGAGAUCCAGAUGAUCAAUACAAAUUAACAGAAGACACACGUCAGCUGGGACUUGUGGUCUGCAGAGGGACUUCUGUGGUUCUUAUUUGUCCACAGGAUGGAAUGGAAGCUAUUCCAAACCCUUUCAUUCAGCAGCAAGAUGGCUAAUGCUUUCUUUGGAUUGUCUCUGAAGACUUCAAGGGUGCAAUCAUCGGACAAAACUAUCAUUGUGUGAGAAGCUUCCUGUUUGGGGGGAGGAGUUUGAAUGUGUAUUUGUUAGUGUGAAAGAAUGGUCAACUUUUAUUUUUGUGGCUUUUCAUAAAUGAUGAGAGGAUGGGGCAUGGUGUGUAAGAAGUAAGUUCUGAUUUCCCCCUCUUCCCCCCCCCAAUAAAUGUGUAACUACAUUGUUUAGAGCUGACAUAUUAGCUGAACGUGAUAUAUUAGGAGAGAAUAUAUUGUCAUGGAAUUGUCUGAGACCUUCUUGAUCUUGUGAGUUUUGAAACAACCACAUAAAAUUAGUAAAGAAUGCCCUGAAUAUUGGUUAUAUUAUUUACAUUUUUAAAUACAUUAAAAAUGUAUUUAAUCUAAAUUAAUCUAAAGCCACAAUACAUUGGAACAUAUUUUUCUUCAUCUUAGAUGUCAGUAGUCAGCUGGGAAGCAUUGUGUUGUAGUCUUCCUGCUG